GGCGGCGCUGGCUGGCUCCCUGGCUGCGGCUCCUCAGUCGGCGGCGGCUGCUGCUGCCUGUGGCCCGGGCGGCUGGGAGAAGCGGAGUGUUGGUGAGUGACGCGGCGGAGGUGUAGUUUGACGCGGUGUGUUACGUGGGGGAGAGAAUAAAACUCCAGCGAGAUCCGGGCCGCGAACGAAAGCAGUGACGGAGGAGCUUGUACCACCGGAGGAAAUGCCUAGAGGAGGGAUGUGAAGCCAAUAUCUCAGACCUGACGCUCGCUCCUGCUUUCUACCCUCUUUCUGAACCUGGCUGGUGCAGCUUGAGAAAUCAGCUUUGCUGACACCUCUGCCCUCCUCGUUAGUAAGGAAGAGGCAUGAGAGGGACCAUCCCUAUUUCCUGUUAGGAAGAAACACCCGAAGGAAGACUUUGAAUUUCUUCAUUGUUUGUUUUUUAAAGGUAACUAAAUGACCAUGGAAUCUGGAGCAGACAACCAGCAGAGUGGAGAUGCUGCUGUAACAGAAGCUGAAAAUCAACAAAUGACAGCUCAAGCCCAACCACAGAUUGCCACAUUAGCCCAGGUAUCCAUGCCAGCAGCACAUGCGACAUCAUCUGCUCCCACUGUAACCUUAGUGCAGCUGCCCAAUGGGCAGACAGUCCAAGUCCAUGGAGUUAUUCAGGCAGCCCAGCCAUCAGUUAUUCAAUCUCCACAAGUCCAAACAGUACAGUCUUCCUGUAAGGACUUAAAAAGACUUUUCUCCGGAACUCAGAUUUCAACUAUUGCAGAAAGUGAAGAUUCACAGGAGUCUGUGGAUAGUGUAACCGAUUCUCAGAAACGAAGGGAAAUUCUUUCAAGGAGGCCUUCCUACAGGAAAAUUUUGAAUGAUUUAUCUUCUGAUGCACCAGGGGUGCCAAGGAUUGAAGAAGAAAAGUCGGAAGAGGAGACUUCAGCCCCUGCCAUCACCACUGUAACAGUGCCAACUCCGAUUUACCAGACGAGCAGUGGACAGUAUAUUGCCAUUACCCAGGGAGGAGCUAUACAGCUGGCUAACAAUGGUACCGAUGGGGUACAGGGCCUUCAGACAUUAACCAUGACCAAUGCAGCUGCCACUCAGCCGGGCACCACUAUUCUACAGUAUGCACAGACCACUGAUGGACAGCAGAUUCUAGUGCCCAGCAACCAAGUUGUUGUUCAAGCUGCCUCUGGCGAUGUACAAACAUACCAGAUUCGCACAGCACCCACUAGCACCAUCGCCCCUGGAGUUGUUAUGGCAUCCUCCCCAGCACUUCCUACACAGCCUGCUGAAGAAGCAGCCCGGAAGAGAGAGGUUCGUCUAAUGAAGAACAGGGAAGCAGCAAGAGAAUGUCGUAGAAAGAAGAAAGAAUAUGUGAAAUGUUUAGAGAACAGAGUGGCAGUGCUUGAAAACCAAAACAAGACAUUGAUUGAAGAGCUAAAAGCACUUAAGGACCUUUACUGCCACAAAUCAGAUUAAUUCGGGAUUUAAAUUUUCACCUUUUAUGGUGGAAAAUGGACUGGAUUGGCCACAACCAGAAAGACAAAAUAAACAUUUAUUUUCUAAACAUUUCUUUUUUUCUAUGCGCAAAACUGCCUGAAAGCAACUACAGAGUUUCAUUCAUUUCGCUUUUGCAUUAACUGUGAAUGUCCAACACCUGCUUCCACUUCUCCCUCAAGAACUGUGCAGCACCAGGAAUCAUGAAGAGACUUCCGCUCUCCACCUCCCAUCCUCCUCAAGAAGUAAUCAUUUGUUUACUUGUAAAUUGUUGGGGGAAAUGAGGAAAAUGAAAUCAUGGCUUGUUUUGUUUUGUUUGUUUUGUGUUGUUUUAAAUGAUUUCAAGGUUUGUGCUGAGCUCCAUGAUUGCCUUAGGGACAGAAUUACCCAGCCUCUCGAGCUGAAGUAAUGUGUGGGCGCCUGAGGAAAGUAGGUAGGGUGCAAUGAAGAAGUGUUGAUUGCCAAACUGAUGUUUCUACAGUUUCAUUGUGAAUUAUGUAAAACUGACUGUUCAAAGACAUGCCCUCUACAAAAGGAUUUUAGUUCAGUGUUGAAGAGUAGAUUUUCUGUGUAUGUUCUUUUCUUCAGUACUAACUAAGAGUCCUUGGUUCUGAGAAGCAUUCUGUAUUAGCCCCAGCUCUUCUGUAGGGCAGUUGUUACUUCUGAAUUCAGUUCUGUGUGUUCAGCAAUUUGAAUGCAUUAAAAGAAGUAACCAACUGAAAAUGAGCGUGGUAUUUGAGUUUUAGUUAAGUUAAAAUCCAAGUGCAAAGCUUAUUUUGGUUAGUACUAAAUCUUAAUGAACAGAUGCUGGCCAGGAAGCCAACUCCUUGAGUUAUAUUACAAGGUUUUAAUAAAUAAAAGCUUUUGCCCUUGCUUUCAAAAUCCUAUAUUGUCACUCAUUUCCCUAAAAGACUAUUUCUGAUUCAUUGUUGCAUUUACAUUGUGCCACCAACAGGAAAGCUUUCAAGAUAUCCAAGCUGCUGACUUUAAAGAAGUACUAAAUUAACAACCAUUUCUAUAUUCAAAUAGUUUAUCAGAAGACCUCUUAGAAUUUUUCUAAAUGAAAGAAGUCACAGGGUGUGGAAUUAAAUGCACACAAGAAAAGCAGUUUCUCUGGACACAGCGUGUCUGCUGUGGUACACAACUGGCAAAGCUCCUCUCCUCCCAUAAAAGUGGCGCUGCUCUAGCUGUGUAGAAGCUAUUCUCUUGUUCCUAAAGUCGCUCCCUACGUAAGUCCUGACUGCGUUUAUGUGUGAUGUUUCUGAUAAGACUUAGUAAUAACUCAUCUUUGUUCACUAAGUCUGAUAAGAUCUGAAAGUUCAGAGACAGAUAUGAGGAAGAUGGAGGCUGUCGUAUUAUAUUCAUGUUUGAGAAAGAACUUGGACUCAGAAGCUUGUUUUAUAUUUGCUCAUGGGAUAUUAAGAAAGCUGGUUUUUUAAUAUCAGCAUAUACAUACGAGCAUUAGAUGUUUGGCCCAUUUUUAAAAAUAAGUCUUUAGGUUACUCUCUGUAAAUGUUAUAUCUUGUUUGUAAUAAACCAUUGUCUUUUUUCAAGGAUGACAGUUUGUGAAGGAGCAUCAUUCUAAGACUUGAGUGAUGUAAUCCUUAUGUUUGGACAGUUCACCAGAUUCUCAAGAAGGCUUUCAAACGACUGUAAAGUUUGAUGUUUGUCCUGCUGAGCUUACUGGGAAAGAGAUAGUAUAAAAACUGUGUACCAGCAUGUAGAUGUAUCAUUUGUUAAACAGAGAUGAAGCAAAAACCACAAUCUGUUGACAAGCUGGAAUUACUUCACUUGAAGUCAGAAUGUCAGUCUGAGCAUUUUAAAUGUCACAAGUGGAAAGUUGCCUAGUGUGUAGAAACUGUGAUCUCUAAGUGUCUGUUUUCAAAACUUGAGGCUUUCUCCAUACUUAGGAAAUGGGUGGUCUCCUUAGUCCUUUGUAGGCCAAGGCAGCAGUCUCAGGCACAUUUACUAGCUAAGUGGGUUCGAAUCCAGAGGCCUGGGUCCUUGUGCCUGGAGCACAGCUGCACUGAUUUGAAGCUGUCUACUUAAUAAGGUGAGAAAGAAAUGUGUGGUGUUGCUAAAUCUGACCUGAAGAUUCAGUUUAUACAGAAAAAAUCAAGCCUCUUUAAUGCAAGCUGUUUUUUAAUAUAAGAAUUAGAAAAAAAAACCUUUGUUUUUGAGCUACUUGGAGAAUCUUUAUUAAGAAAAUGACAUAAUUUUUUAAAAAACACUUAUAUCCAAGAUUGUAUGUGGCCACAUUAACAGUGAUGUUUUUCUCUUGAUAUUGGCCAAAAGGGAAUGAAAAUGUUGUCAUAGGAAUCUGUACAUAUGCUACUGAUUUACCUAGAAAAUAGCAAGUUUGGUAUUGCUCACUUUGCAUAUAUAGGGCCAUGUGGCACUUUUAUCUAUAGGACAGAUUAACUCUAAUAAAAAUGAAAUGGGGAGGGGUUUAUUUUUGAUAUAUUACUCUUCUGAGUUUUCAAGCUUUGAUAGUGUUUAACUGAAAAGUGGUUUAGAAAGGGCUAGAUCCAAUAUGUUCAUAUUAAAAAAUUGAUAUGAGACACAGUUUAAGUUCUUUAUCAAAAACCAUAUUAGCAACCAUCAUAUUGUCAUAGGUGCUGUGCUUGUUUAGAUGUUAUAGAAUGGGUGGGGAAGUGGCAUUUUGUAAUAUAUGUGUACAUAUAUACAUACAUAUAGUAUAUCAUCUAAACGCUCUGAGAGAGCUGUUACGUCAGGAAUGCUGAGUAUUAUAGCGUAUUGAGGUCAGAUGAAAUCCCACACUUCUGCGCAGUCUUCGCAUCUCUUCUGGUUUCAGUGAUUCUAUUACUCCAGCACUCAGAAUUGGUUUUUAUCCUUUAUUUUUUCGUCCAGUUUUUUUUUUUUUCAUUUUCUUUGGCUUGAUGCAUUUGGGUAUGUUACCAGUCACUUGAAAACUCCUAGCCCCCACAGCUUUUUUGUUUUUGUUUUUCCUGCUUUGUUUCUGGCAGCUAUAAAAUUGGUAAGAAAUUUUGACAAUAGCUUUUCAAAGAUUUUUUUUUUUUUUGAGAAUCAUAUUGGGCAAAGACUUCUGGUGUUUCAUUUGAACAGGGAUUUUGUCAGGAAAUGUGUUUUGAUGGCAGGUCAGCAAGCAGUGCUAGUGUCCAAAGCUCAGAGCCAGGCAGGCAGGCUGUCCACCACAAGUCACCUGGCUGAAGUUUGUCUGUCUCUCAGGACUCCUCCCUGCUGCUUCCCACCAUUGAAGGUGACGUGGAAUCAUACAAAGAUUUGGGGCUUAGCAACAGAGUUAUAACCCAGGUGCUUUUAGUUACUUGGAGUGACUUCAAUCUAAAUGUCUUCUUUCUCUGCCAGCUCCAGUGAGCUAAUAACAUGUUCAUUUCUCUACCAAUAGCUGCUUCAUUUUCAGUUCCUUCCAGAGGCUUGGUUUUGCCUUUGUAAACACUGAAAACUGGUGGCAUAUCAUUCCCUGGGGCCCAAUACAAAGGUUGUAUAUUUACUUGGGGUUGUAGUUACAUUAAUUCUUUGUAAAUGUUCGGUGUAAUUUGCACUUUUUUUAAAUGACCCAGUUUGGGUAUCAGCAACUUGGGAAAUUCCCUCAUCAAUUAGUUCUCCCUGACUUUUCUGUCUUCCUCCUCUCUCCAAAUCAUGGCUCCUUAAUGGAAGCUUUUCGUUGAUUACAAUAUCAUAGCUAAUCUAAAGUAUGUUAUAAAAACCUCAAUAUCUGGAAAUUAGAUUUGACUAGUCCAAUUAAUUAAAAAGUGAGCUGAAACUUUUUCAUCAUGAGCAAAUAUUGAAAGAAAAAAUAAAUACCUGUAACUUUAAAUUUCAUCCUCACCCCAACAUUAUUUCUAUGUAGAGUAUGCCAAGAAUUUUUCCAGAAUAGUGCAAACUUUGUUAAAGCAGCUAACUUAUUGUUAUCACGGGAGAUUAUGUAAUAAUCAUUGUUACUAAAGUAUUUUCAUCUUAAAUUUGGCUGUGUUAACAUCAAAGAAAUGAUGCCUAAACUUGGCUGGUUUCAGAUGAGGGGGCAGUAAAGGAUGCUUUGUUAGGCCUGUACAGGUGAAUCACCAUAGUAUAAACUUGUUCACAGAGUAGUACAAAGCACAACUAGAAUUUCUGUUGGGUGGCUCACAUGUGUCUUUCAAUGUUAAUAAUGUUGACUUUUAAGUUAACUGUCACUGUUUAAGUCCUAGGAACUGGUUUCCUUGACUUUCUAGAAUCAAUGGCCAAGAGAGGCAUAUAAUCCUUGAGGGGUUGAACAUAUCAUGAAGUUGAGUCAGUAUGGAAGAAUUUCAAACAAAUCAAACAGGGUGCUGCGGUUCCGGCUGACUCAUCUGCUCAUGGUAUGCUUCCUCAUGAGUGAAUGUAGUUUUAAGCCUUUGUAUGUGUCCUCAGGGGCAGACAAACUUUCACAAGGACCAGAACCAUUUGAAUGGAGGAAUUAUAUUUCAGGUGUUUUAGCUUGAAAUUUAUUUUUUAAAAAAAGAAAAACUAAAAAAAUAAAUAAGAGAACAAAGUUUGGGAAGCAAGUUGACAGUUUAAGAGCAGGCAGAGCAAAUGCUGGCCAGUCCUCUUUCUGGUACUUGUGGGGGCAGGUCCCAGCUGGGUAAAUGUUAAAUUAUUACCAGCAAGUAAAGGAAGAUGAAUAAUCUAUAGGAAGUAUGUGAGAAAGGUCAAACAGUCGGACACAGCUACUUCCCAGGCAUGAUUCACUACUUGCCAUAGAAGAACAGCAUUUCUAAGCUUCUGUCUGAGGGCCGUCUCAGAGAUGAGAGUCAAUCUGAGAUGUGGAAGAAAAACAGUAGGGAAGAAAGGUCUCUGCGGAUCAUGAUCUAUGUUGGCCACAUGAAAUGAUUUAUUAUAUUUGGGAGGUUUUAUUUUCUUAUGUUUUUUAAAAUUGAAUUGGUAAAUGCUUUAUAGACGUAUUUUUACCCAGGUGCCACUUCAAUGUGUAUGUAAUAAAAUUAUUUAUAUUAAAAGUGGGAAAUCUGUCAACAUUUUUCUGUGUGUGUAGAUUUAUUAGGAUGGAGAUGUGUGUUAGCAGUUUUUUUGUGUAAAGCUGUCUUCAGCUCAUCUGUGCACAUCGGUUAUAAUGCCCCCACUGAAGGGAUUAUUUCCAACCUAGACAUGUGUCACUUGAAAUAACCAGGAAAGUCCUUGAAUGGUUGUUUGGCUUUUUGGGUUUUCCUUGAGUACUGGAGUAGAGAAUACCUCCCCUAGAACUGUCAGCACAAAACAGGGUAUCUGCUUUUAACUCUGAUGUUUCUAUUGGAGUUGAGUACUAAUAACUAUGAGGAGGGAAAUACAUUUCUAAUAAAAUUCCCUACAAUCUAGAAACAUCCCUGUUUGAAAUUUUUUACCUAAAUCUUUUUGUGCUUUAUGUGUAAAGAAUAAAAGUACCAAGAUACCAUGCAUUUUAUUAACACUAUGUACAUACUGGCUGCUUUGUGUUCAGAAUGGUAGCAGUUGCUUUGUAUAUUAAAGUGAUCCUUGUGAAUUUGUGAAAUAUUGUCAUAAAGUGCUUUUCUUACUGUAAUCUUUGUGGUAUCAACUGUCAUAAUGCCCUUUUUACACAGACAUUUAUGUGCAGACACAUAAACAUGCUUUUAAAACUC